GCGGCUGAGACGGAGGUCUCGAGGAGUGAAAUUCUUCCGCCCCUGCUCUCGUAGCAAGGAGGAAGGAGGAAGUGGAAAGACCACAACACAAGAGCUUUAAACCGCACACACACACAAAACACAAUUAGAUAAUACAACACAUACACAUAUAUACAUACAUACAAUAAUUGGUUUUGUUUCAGAAGAAGAUCGAUGACAAUUCGAAUUUAGAGGGGAAGGAACAAUGCCUCUGCCGGCGGUGGUGGUGGUGGUGGCGGUGUUGGCGCUGCAAAUUGGGAACGGAGCCGGGAGCAGUGUGGGACGUCAGCACUUCGGCGCAUUUAUGCCGAACUACAGGCGGAUGGUCGACGCGCUUGUGGUGGACUUCGUCAGCUACAACAGCAGCGCUCAGGUCACCGUCUCGGUCCCCGCGGUGAACUUCUCGCAGACCGUCCUCCUGCCUCCCUUCUCCGUCGGCAAUGUAUCCAUCCCGGUAACGGCAGAGAUCAAAGAGAACGGCAUCGUCACCAACAAGGUCGUGUCCGUUCGUUCUGACAGUGACAUCUCAGUGUGGGGCAUGUCCAAACGACUUGCAACAACCGAUGGAUUCAUGAUGAUCCCUGGGCAGGAACUGGGAAUAGAAUAUUACGUAGUUGCUCCUGUGUCUGGUGUCAUAACCCGGAACGAAUUUGCAAUAAUCAGUCCCUACAACAACGUGACGGUGCAGAUGAUUUUGAGCGGAAAUGUUACAUUCAACGGUGUGACGUACUCCAACGAACUGAACAUCACUCUACAAGAGAACGAGGUCGUGCAGUUCCAAGGAUCCUCUCUGACUGGGACCAGGGUACUUUCGAGUCAACCUGUGGCCGUGUUCAGUGGAGAUCGGUUCAUCGCUGUUCAUACUUAUUACAAUUUUGUGACAGAGCAGCUCUUGCCAGUAUCGCAGUGGGGCUCCUCUUACCUGGUCUUCCCUGUGUCCAUCAAGUCAACAGACGACAGCGUCAUCAUCACCUCGCCUACAAGCGCGAGCGUCAGUGUCAAUGUCAGUGUCGGUGGGAAUUUCACAACCUACACGUUGACCAAUUAUGGACACAUCAGCGUAUCUGUAUAUGCAAACCAGACUUUGUCUAUAAACUCAUCUGUAAACGUAGGGGUCAUGUACAUUUGCCAGGGUGGGUCUACAACUCUAGGGUAUUCCAUGGACCCAUUCCAGAUGAGCAUCAUACCGACCAGCAAGUUCUCUAACAAGUACCUAUUUGCGACUCAACCAGAUUUUAUAAACAUUUUAAUCGUGAUCGCCAAGGAUGCGGACAAAUGUGGGAUCGUCAUCAACAACGGGACACUGUGCGAUAAGAUCCAGUGGGUCCGGACAAACGACCUCCAGUUCGUGGCCGGGGAGCUGAAACUGGGACUUGGGAAUCAGCAGUUCCUGGUGGAACACGCGACUCAGACGUUCGGGCUCUACCUCUAUGGGGUAGCAUCCUACGACUCAUUUGGCUACGUCCUCAGCUACGGCAACCUAAGAGGUAACUAAACGCUGAGAAAUUUGUAACGAGAUCAGCCAGACUCGUAGCAUCGCAAAUCUAACUUCUACUACUACUACGAUUAUUAUUAUUAUUCCACUAACAUAGACGUCGCCGUUACA